GAGGAAGGAAGGGUGUGCUUUUUGCCUUACACACAUUUAUUCCCACACGACGACGACGACGACUAAGUCGAAUACGAAUCUCUCUCUCUCUCCAGCAGCACUUGCUUUCCGUACAGUUUUUUUUUCCUUUGUUCGAGGCAGGAGGGCCCACAACCAAACCACCAGGAAGAAGACGAAGGGAGACUUUCAGGCCAAUAUUAUAUUUUGGUUCUCUUUCUGGCUCAAAAACUCUCUCCGACUCGAGAGCUCUUCUCACUCUUUUGGUCGCCAUCAUCGGGCUUUCUCCUCCUCCGACUUGGACUUCUUCCACCAACCAAGCAUCCAAGCAAGGACGACUAUUUUUCCCCGUUUUUUCUGUUCACCACCAACCACACCCACCCAGAGAAAAGAAAGAACAAAACUUUUGUCGCCUUGUCCUGUGUCCUCGCCCCACAGAAAAAUUGAACCUGCCGACUGAACCCAGGGUUGUGCAGGUCGGGUCAAGGCCAGCCAAGUUUAUCGGUUAUUUUACCCCGUUUUCUGUUCACCAACCACACCCACCGAGACAAAAACUGUGACAAACAAGAAAAAAAAGUGAACUCAGGUCGGGUCAAGGCCACCAAAGUUUAUCGGGCGGUGAUCAAAUCGGAAUUUUUUCCACGAUCGUCACCACUUUUACGGUACGGACGGUGGUGGUGGUGGAGGAAGAGACAAAUUAUAGUUAAAGUUAGUUAACUAAUGGUGGUGGUGGUGGUGAUUUAAUUUCCAUUUCGUGUCAAGUUCACAAGUGAGAAUAAAGAAUUGUUGUUGUAUUGCUGCGGAAGGCGUUUCUUUCUUCUGCUCAGCAGAGAAAGUUCAAACUGGAGGAGGAAAAGAAAAAAAAUAAUCAAUAAUUCCUAAUUUUCUCUCUUCAGUUUGUUGAUACCAUCGUUCGUUCGUUCGUUGAGUUCGUUCCGAGAGGAGGACCAAGUCACCAAUUGUGCUUGAAAUAAAUAAUAAAAAACAAUCAUUUAAACCAAAUUUAAAAAAGACGGAUAUUCAAAUUAUUAGUGUAGGGUAAAAUUUUAAGUGAAACAAUAAAUAACUAAAACUAGAACAAUCAUUCGUUUCCAAAGAAUAAUAAGAAAGAAGUUUGAAACAUUUUUUCCGUGUGCUCAGAAAUAAAAAAUCUUUGCGUUGUCCUGUUCGUGUUUACUUUGUGAAUUGGGGGUGUAUUUUUGUGGAUAGCAAGCAAACAACGGAGGAGAAAGUGAGUUGAAUAAAUCGGGGAAAGAAUUCUGCGAGGAUGAAUUUCAUGACGGAAGGUGUUGGGACGACGGUGAGUGUCAAUACGGUCGAGUGUGAUGGCUACGAGGUCAAAAAUCUGCUCUCCAGUGAACUCGGUCUCCAUUCUUCGAGGGGGUUUUUGGCCGAGAGCUUCGUCCGACCCCCGGUCACGAUUUCGAUCAAGUUUCCACUCUGCAUUGAAGUCAGUCAUAUUGUUAUCAAUCCUAAAUUGGGGAAGCAAAUUACAUCCGCAAUUUUGAUCCAUACGGAGACUAGUUAUCGGAGCUGGACAAAAGAGAACAACGGACCAAUUUCGAGCCACUUGGUUGCCAAAGAAUUCAUCAAUACCAGUCCGAUCCCAAAUGUAAUUGUGUUCAGAAAUCCGAGAUUUGUUCUACGACGACCUUUCGCUUCUCUUCCACUUGAUCAUUAUCAAAGAUAUAGGAAUCAUGAUGUCAUUUACAAUCUUAAACAUCCAGCAUUUAAUGCCAAUCAAAGAGUUGUUGGAAUGGAAAUUUCCAUUUUACGUGUGGCAGGGUCUUCCGUGCCUGCUCUGGGAGGUUUACAAGUUUGGGGACAACCUUGCAUUCGGUGUUCUCAAGAUGAAGUGAACAAAAUUUACAAACAAUGGUCUCGUAUUUUACGAAGAGGUCCAGAUUCCUUUCUUAAUCCUCAAGUUCAAACUACCGACUCUUCCGAUGAGGGGACACCGGCCGCAAAGAAACCAAAACUUUCCAACAAUACGUCUUCAACGUCUACACCUUUCUCCGUUCCGGACGAUUUCUUGGACGCUAUUACUUAUGAAAUUAUGUGUCAACCUAUUCGACUUCCUUGCGGACUUGCCGUAGACGCACUAACUCUUGAAAAGUACUACGCAGAAGAAGCAAAGUUUGGUCGACUACCAAACGACCCCUUCACCGGAGUCACGUUUAACGAUACCUUCAAACCCUUGGCAGACUCGGCCUUAAAGUCUCGAAUUAACACCUUUAUCCUCCUCAACCAAAACGAACCAUCCCUUAGUGACAUACCUCGCACACUUGGCGGCAUGUCUCGGAGUGGUCCUAUCACUCGACACGGAGGGGACACGAACACGGCUUGCUAUCAAUCCUUCCGUAAUCCAAACUACAAUCCUCGACUUCCAAAUCCUAACAAUUCGGUCUCAACCAAAAAGAGUAGUUCAUGCACCGUUACGAAUGACAAUGGCUACGACAGCGCGGAUGAUUUUCACGAUACCGGUUUCACCCAAAAUUGUAUUACCUCCUCGCAUCAUAAUUCUGCCCAGAAACCUGCUGCAGCAACUAUGCGAGACAUGAUGAGUACGGAUGAUCACAUGAACUACGAACUUCUCAAAAUGCUAUCGGGAGGAUCCAACUACUUGGCCAAGAUCAAACCGAAAAUCAACUUGGAACGCAAUUGUAAAGAUUGUGGACUCGUGAUGAACUUGACUCGGGGAAUCUCAUCCUUUUACAUUGGUCUCUGCGACCAUGUAAUCCUCUGCAAAAUCUGUCUCUCCAAGACGGAUAAGCAAGCACGGAAAACUUGUAACCAAUGCGGCACUGAGUGGAGAGCUAAAGACUGUUUGCGCAUAUUUAUUUAAACAAAUUAAUAGUAUCUAGUUAGUUAGUUUUUGACGGGUGUGUGGGGAGGAGGCAGUAGUUAGGGAGCCAUUUAGCCUUUACACUAAUUAUGCUCACGUGGUAUCCUACAAUUCUACAAUGAUUUCUUUUACUUCCCACCAACAACAAGCAAGAAAAUGUGAAGAACUCAUCCACAAAAAACCACAAACAUCUACAUAAAUCUACCUACAAAACUUACUCAACGACAACUUAGCUAUGCAUUCAACUACAGUAAAUUCUGUAGCCUCUCGUGUAACGCAGCAAAUAAUCAAUGUUUAAUAUUUAAGAUCAACGUAUUUGUCGUCUUUUGAAAAUUUGCCAUUUUGUGAAUCUUUCCUCAUCGUCUAGUAAAUAUGUAUCAAACGUAUCGUCGUCAAAAUAACAAACAUCGUCUGUAACAUUUCGUUCCUAUAAUUAACAACUUGUUGUAUAGAGAAAAUCUUCUUCCAAAAUUAACCAAAGUAUGAACCAUAAAAUUAGCAAAUACUAUACAUACAUACAUAAUUUUAGUCCAGGCCAAAAAAAAAUGUAACAACAAAUUCGAAUUGAGAUUAGAAAAAAAAUUGUAUUAUCAUACUGAUCAACUAAAUUUAUGAUUUCAUUGCGUCAUAUCACAUCUCUUAAUUUUGUAACAAGUAUACCAAGAAUGAUUAUUAUGACACCUGUAUAAAAUUAACUCUAGUAUAUAUUUGGCGUCGGUCGUGUGGGUAAAUGUGGUACGCGUGCGUUUAUGAUCUGGUGACUCAAACUAAGCUUUAACUAGAAAUUCAGAAACAUAAUUUUUUGAAACACCUUAUACAACGUAAGAAAAAAUACAUCGACAGUAUCGUCUUCUCUCUCUGCCUCUCCUCCAUAACAUAAUUUGAUGGCUUGUAUGAUGAUUGACGAAGAACCAAUUUGACAUUAUUACAACGAAUGAAUGUCAUAAUUAUGCCAUUUCUUUCACUGUCACUUCACUGCAAAUACUUUAUUCUUUCUGGUUCUUCCUCGAAUAAUAAGUGAGACAUGUAUUUUAUGAUCGAUCAAUUGUUGUGGUAUGUUUUAGCCAUCAUAUAAAUACAUAAUAAUAGCAAUAUAGCUCUUAUUGUUGUCGGUCGCUGAUGAUUUAUUUAUUAUACAAUUUUGUGUUAUCAUGUUCCUUGCAAUUCAAUUCAUGACCUUCCACAGCUACAAGUAUUCGACACACACAUUAUUUAUUUAUUUUUAAUUGUUACUAUUAUGUAGGUAAUAUUAUGCAUGUCAGUAAACACAAUCCAGUGAACGAUAGGUCAGUUUAAAAGUUUGUUUAAUGUUGUUAAAGUGAAUUUUUUAAUUAUGUAUGUGAUCACGUUUCGUACGACAAUUUUCGAAUGAGAUUGGUUUAGUUUAGUUAAUUAUAAACGUUAAUUAUGAAGUAAAAUUCAGAUUAAGAAGAAGAUCUCAUUACCUCAGUUUAACUAAAUAGUUGCAUGGUUUUUCUAUGUUAAUUUGCUUUCUGGGUGAGAAACGGGUGGUUUGGUUUGCUUAUUUGGUGAUUAAUUGAUGAAUGGAUGAAUUUUAUGCUUGUGCUUUCAAAUUGAUCACUAUUUAUGACUAAUUAGACCACCCUCACUCACCCAGCAGCAGCUCGCCAAGCCAAAACUAUUGCAUUUAAAGAAAAGAUUACCAUCAUUAUGUAUGAAAUGAAUAUAUUGUUCUCCAUGUAACAAAUUAGACGACUUAUUUACAAAUUAUUUAAUUAAAAAGUUAUGUUCAAUGUGUUAUUUUAUAAUUAAUCAGGGGUACUUAAAUAAAUAAAUAAAUAAAUGCUGAAGAAUA